UUGUGAAAAGGUGUGGAAACAAGUCAGCAGUAUCCUGAAAUAAAGGGAGAAUACCACAUUUAUUCAGAAUUCUCCUGCUGCACUGGAGAUCAUCCAAAUCAACAUGAAGGCUUCAGUCAUUGUGCUGUUUUUUUCGAGCCUCUUUGGGCUGAAUGUCAGCGUCUACAGGUAUCACUUUCUAGUGAACGAGACUUUGACAUUUCAAGAGGCACAGCAGCGCUGCAUACAGGACUAUGAUUACCUGUCCACUGUCAGGAGUAAAGAUUUAAAGGAUUUAUCUUCCAAUUCUCUAAUUAAAGAGGAUUCCUUUUGGAUUGGAGUUCAGAGAGACAGUGCAAACUAUUUCAAAUGGAUAUGGUCAGAAGGUGGAGAAGCAACAAUUAAAUUUUGGGCAUUAGGAGAACCUGAUGGUGAUAAAUGUGGUGCUGUCCGUAAAAGCACAUUAACUCUGUUUGCCAGACCCUGUGAUAACCAUUUCCGAUUUUAUUGUAUGAAGGUCUAUGAGCUGAUUGUGGUGCAUCAGAAAAGCACAUGGGAAGAGGCCUUGGAAUACUGCAGACAAAACUACAUUGACCUGGCCAUAAUACACUCAGAAGACAUUAUGGAAGAAGCAAAGAUUAAUAGCACAGUAGCUGAUACAGAUGAAGUGUGGACUGGUCUGCGCUUUCUAGCUGGUCAUUGGUUUUGGGUAAACGGGGCGGAUUUUGGUUAUAAUGUCUGGUCUUCAGAUGGAGAGAUCCAGUGCCCUGCCAUGAACCAGCGCUGUGGGGUUUUUGAUAGAACGCAGGGGGUUUGUAAACCCACAGACUGUGAGCGGAGACUCAACUUUCUCUGCGUCAAGGCGAAAUACGAAGAUUGACUCGAUUAAUCUUAGAAGGUCAGCAGAUGUGACACUAUAGGAGGAGUUUUUUGAAGUGGCCUCUUCAGAAACAUUCUUUGCUUUGCUUUUAAUGGCUGAACAUCAUGAUGAAAUCUAACUCUUUGACAAAAUGUUUUCCUAAAACUGUAGUAAACUUUAGCCAGAUAGAAAGUACUGUAGCUUAUGACAUUCAUGUUAAAUGCAAGCCAAUAUGCAGGUGUGCA